AAAAUUAACAAGAAAACGAAAAAGCCAGUUCAGAGAUCCUAGCCAUCCAAUAAUUCUCCUUUAUUCAGUUCAAUACAGAAAUUGCAGCUUUUAACUUCUUAACCGUACAUUCUUGGGCCACCAACCAAUUGAUUUGUUUGGAUAUUAUGGGGUAGAUUUUUGGGUCAUCGUCCAUACUAUAGGGACCAUUAGAUCAACGGCCAUGAUCUCCAAAACAUGCUCCUCGGUUGUAUAAACUAAAAAAAAUAAAGGAUACACCACAUUGACUAUAACGCUGUCAUUGUUCUCUUGAUCAACUUCGAGACGUUGACGAUGGAGCAAAAUAACUGCUACAACUAGGUGAGCCUCGAUUUUGUGGCGCCUACGUGAAAUCUUCGCUUUGUGCUCCCUCUGCUCAUAUGUACAAAGAUAUAUCGUGUCCAAAAAAAAAAAAAAAAAAACUACUAAAAUUGCAAGGAAAACUCAACCUAAAGCAUGUCAUCCAUGGUUACACUUUUCUGCUGCUUCAUCUUCUUGUCAUUGACCCAUCUCUCAUCCACUAAUGCAAGAGCCAUCGACUCCACAUCAAUUGCCGACUGCCCCAGGAAAUGCGGUGACAUUGAUAUUAGCUACCCAUUCGGAAUUGGAUACUCCCAUUGCUUUUACAAAGGCUUUGAAAUUAAUUGCAGCCAAAACAUUCCGUACUUGUCUGGGUACUUAAUGGAAUCGAGGCUUCAACUCGUCGAGAUAUUGCAAGAAGAAGUGCGCAUCAAUUGGACAGACUUUAUUGUCAAGAUUUGCCCAUCAUCAAACUAUACAAAAAGUUCAAUCUUUUGGUUGUCUGAAGAAAGUCCUUUUGUCGUCCCGGCCGCAACAAACAAAUUCAUAGUCAUAGGUUGUAACACAACGGGAAUGGUAACGGCCAUGGAUAAGCUCUUGUCAUACAACGGAUGCUACUCGGAAUGUCCUACAAAGGAGAGCAUUGUUAACGGUUCUUGCAAGGGUCAAGGCUGUUGCGAAGCAGGACUUCCGCAGUUGAGAAAGAUGGUACUGGUUUCUCUCCAUUCCUCAAAAUCAAGUAUCAGCGCAUGCAGCUACGGGUUCUUUAUUGAAGAUGGGAGGUACACUUUCAAAGAGUCAGAUCUUCUUGAUUUUGAUAAAACAGCAAGGAUUAGUAUGAGGCUUGAAUGGUCAAUAAGAGGGAGCUGUGGGGAACCGUCCAACGCAUGUGGCAGCAAUGCCUCCUGCUCUAACACAAAUUAUGGGUAUCGGUGCAAUUGCUCAGAUGGAUACAGAGGGAAUCCUUAUCUCUAUGGUUCUCAAGGAUGCCAAGAUAUUAAUGAAUGUGACGAGUCUAUCAGUGGUAGUCCUUGUGUGGAAGGAGCAAAAUGUAGGAACACCGUCCCUGGCUUUGUAUGUGAAUGUCCAACCGGGACCAAAGGAGAUGGAAGAACAGGUGGGAACGGCUGCAGCAGGGCACGUGAAAUCAUCCCAAUAUCCAUGGUUCUCAUAGGGACCCUCCUAUGCACUAUAGCACUUUGUUUGGUUGGUUGUUUCUGGGUUCGACGUAAGACAAAUCUGGCGAAUGUCCGAGCAAAAUACUUCAGAAUGAAUGGUGGCAUCUUGUUACAACAACAAUUGUCUUAUCUGCAUGGAUCUACCAGAUCCCCAAAAAUCUAUUCCGCUCGAGAGCUCAAAAAGGCCACAAACAACUAUCAUAUCAGCAAUAUAUUAGGUAGUGGUGGGAAUGGUUCUAUUUUCAAAGGAAUCCUCAAGGAUGGCUCGAUAGUAGCCAUUAAGAAGUCUCAAGUUGCAGACAAAAGCCAUAUCGAUCAGUUCAUAAAUGAGGUUGUCAUCUUAACUGAAAUCAAUCAUAGGAAUGUAGUGAAGCUCUUGGGCUGUUGUUUGGAGACGCAAGUUCCCAUGUUGGUUUACGAGUACAUCUCAAAUGGAACCUUGUACCAGAAAAUCCAUGAAAAUGACAAUCCUUCCGACCGUGUUUCUUGGAAAUCACGCUUUCGAAUCGCAAUCGAUACUGCAGGGGCUCUCUCCUACCUUCAUUCUUCUACUUCCACACCUAUAUUCCAUAGAGACAUCAAGUCCUCCAACAUACUUUUGGACAAGAACUAUACUCCAAAGGUAGCCGAUUUUGGAAUUUCAAGAUUAGUUCCACUUGACAAGACAAAGGUCUCAACUAUGGUGCUUGGAACGUAUGGAUACUUGGACCCCGAAUACUUCAAUACCGGAAAAUUAACAGAAAAGAGCGACGUUUAUAGCUUUGGGGUGGUUUUACUAGAGCUUUUAACAGGGCGGAAGCCUAUUUGCCCUGAUUCAUCAGUUGAGUAUCAUAAUUUGCCAAUGGUCUUUUUAUCUUAUGUUAGGAAUGAUAACUUCAUAGAGAUUUUGGAUGAGAAAGUAGUAAGAGAAGUAAAAAUGGAGGAAUUACAAGCUGUAGCGGACAUUGCAACACGAUGCCUACUAGUGAAAGGUGAUGAGAGGCCUACGAUGAAGGAGGUUGUGCAAGAACUUAUUGCUUUGUCUGGUGAGCACGUGCAAUUGGGGCGUGAGUGUGAGGCACACGAAUGGUGAAGAGUAUCAAGCAAAAUAAAAGAAGAAGAUCAUCUUGGAGAAGGGAAGUCUUGAAGAUCUGAGACUCUUUCCUUCUUUUUCAUUGUGGCUAUCAUCUUGUAUUUCCUUUUCGAACAACCAAACAACUAUGGUUGGUAUUUCCUAGUGGACAGAGCUAGACAUUGUGGCGAACUACAUAAAUUUGUUUUGGUUCAUGAUUUUC